AUGGCGUUUAGAAGUGUUGCGAAUAAUUUAUUACAUUCGGAAAGUAAUUUAAAUCGCGCUUUCGCCUUAUUAAGUCAAAGGCUGGUUAGUUGCAGUUAUUUUACUUAUUCUCAAAAUCCUAAUUACUGUUCACCUAAACAAACAAAAUGGACUUCCGCGGAAGAAGCCGUUUCUGUGAUUAAAUCUGGCGAUAGAAUAUACGUGGAAGGCAUAAAUUCAACUCCACGAAAGCUCGUUUCGGCAACGAUACAACACGCCAAAGCUUCCAAAAUUAAUAAUCUUAUCACUUAUUUCUUCUAUAUUUACGGAGAUCUGGAAUAUUUGCAUCAGGAAAAUCGAGACGUAUUUCGUUGCAAUGCAUUUUUCGUUGGUCCAAAUAUCCGUCACGCAGUAAAUACCGGAAGGGCUAUGUAUUUACCAAUAUUUGUUACGGAUGUCCCGAUGUACUUACAUCGACAACCGGUUGACGUUGCUUUAGUUCAAGUAACUCCACCGGACGAACGAGGUUUCUGUUCGUUAGGAGGUUCCGUGGGAUGCACUAGAGCAGCGGUCGAAAGUGCCAAAUGCGUUAUAGCGCAAGUCAAUUCUAACCAACUUAAAACGUUUGGAGAUAGCCAAGUUCAUAUAAAUCGCUUCGAUUUCUUAGUGGAAGGGCAUCACGAAUUACCAGAGAUACCGAGGAAGCAAAUUUCGGAAGAAGAUUUAAGAAUUGGAAAAUUAAUUGCUGAUAAUUUAGUAGAUGACGAUGCGACACUUCAGACAGGUGUUGGAUCGAUUCCCGAUGCCGUUUUGGUUUCGCUUAAACAACAUCGCAAUUUGGGUAUCCACAGCGAAAUGUUCGGCGAUGGACUCGUCGAUCUAUUUAACUCCGGCGCCAUUACUAAUCGAUACAAAACUGUUAUUCCCGGAAAGAUGGUCACUUCCUAUACUUUAGGAUCUAAAAAGCUAUACGAUUUUCUAAACAAUAAUACAGACGUAGAGAUGAGGGAUAUCAGUUUCACUAACAACACGGGAGUGAUCGCUUCCAAUCACAAAAUGGUGGCCAUUAAUUCUUGCAUCGAGAUCGAUUUAGCCGGAGAAGUUGCAGCCGAUUGUAUUGGACCAUACAUAUAUUCGGGAUUUGGAGGACAGACCGAUUUCUUAAGAGGAGCGGCUGAGAGUUUAGACUGGAAGGGGAAACCAAUACUAGUGUUACAUUCGAGGACUAAGAAAGGAGAAACUAAAAUUGUUCCUCGUUUAAAACCAGGGUCGGCAGUUGUGUCCACGCGUGCCCACGUCCAUUACGUAGUUACGGAAUAUGGAAUUGCCAGUCUUUUCGGCAAAACCCUACAACAGAGAGCUUACGAAUUAAUUCGAAUCGCUCAUCCGGAUGACAGAGAGAAGUUAGAAAAGGAUGCGUACGAUAGAUUCAAAUGCAUUCUUUCACCUUGAUCGAGAAAUCAAGAUUAGAAAUAACUGGCAAUAAACUCUUUGAUAAUAGACUCAAUAGCGCAAAGAGUUAUUUAAGAAAGAAAGAAUUAAUUAGAAUGAAUAGUUUGCAAAUGGCUUUCUCGUGCCUGCCAUAAACGGAUCUCAGUUUCUGAUAAAUGAGCAAACCAAAAUAACAUCUUAAUUGUAAAUUACGUAUACAAGAUAUAUACUAUUAAUAUAUGUAAUUUCGAAAGGAAAUAUUGCUUCGAAUAAAAGAGAUUCGAAGGGUGUGAGACUAUCGAGUCGGGUGUGAGACUUUGAUCGGUGACCAUUCAUCGCCUCAGACAUAAAAAGAAUCAAACGACCAACCUGCAGACCUUCGACUUUUGUACGAUAUUUGAUUUUAAUCAGAUAUUAUGUAAAC